CGAAUCAUAUUUCGAACCUUCUGCGUGCUCCGCACCAUGUUGCCUCCAUCAAUCCUAAAGUCACGAUUUUAACGACACAACCAUCCCUAUCCUCUGAGGUCAAUACACCUUCAUCUGCAUCGACACAGUCAAUACAGACACCGUCCUCUCCCUUUGUCCACGAGUAUCCUGACAGUCGGGAUGAUAUGGAGUUUGAUGAAUCCGACUCGGAAGAUGAGGACGUUGACUCUGAUAUUGAGGGGAUGGACGGUAUCGAAGAAGAAACCAUGCCGUUUUACGGUGUCGCCAUACCCCAAGUGAUGAAAUCUACUUCUGCGCUUGAAGGAGCGCUGGGGGAUGGUUCACGUUCAUCCGGCCCUUGGUGGCCACAGCCAUCAUCGUCAUAUAUUGUUUCGGACCGGCGAAUGUCCGUGUCAUGCUCCUGGAUAUCCUACAUCAUCUCACCGACCAAUACCUUCCCAAGCACAACGACGGCAGGAUAGCGAUAUGUAUUCCCCAAGACCACAUAAUACUUCGUCACCAGCAUCACCUUCAUACCCUCAUCACGGCUCUUCGUAUACCCAUGACAGUACGAGUUGCACGACUACAUUAUUCGCACCCACUUCCACAUUGUACCAAAAUUCAUCAUCUUCUCUAGCCGAUGCAAUUCCACUAGGCCUCACACCUGGAGCGACACGAAAUUCAUCCACUCGUCUGCCCAUUUUACAACCGCAACCCAUCCGCCCAAUCCCCCCCAUUCCUCUAGACGAAUUAGCAUCGUCCGCUGCCGAGGUUGAUGAGUCUGUCUUUCCGGACCAAGGCAUUCAUAGACCUCGAGAGCGGAGUCUUUCGCCCCUUCCUCUUCUUUGCCAACCAGUCUCCGAUGCCGUGAGGUAUCAAUUAAGCGCAACUUCUAGGAUCGCUCAGGGUGACGAGGAGUCAUAUGAUCAUCAGAUUACGGCGGAGCCGUCACCUAGAGCUCCCGUGAUUCAAACUCAUCAUUUUAAUCCGGCGUACCCCCGAAACUGCUCAGGAGCCGCGCACACUAAGACGUCUUCUUGUAGGAAAAGGAGUUGGCGGUGAUUUUUUUAAUAUCCAUGUCAAUUGUUCGUGCUGUGAUCAUGAAAGGUUUCACUUGGAUAUUUGAUCGGGCCUACUAAAUAAACUAUAAUAAUUCAACCUUGCAUAGUUUAUCGCAUGUCUUCAUUCCAUUUCAGGGCUCGUUAAUACUUACUUAACCUAGUGACAUUGUGGAAACGUACAGGUGUAAACAAAACGUGAACAAGUCAAACCAAAAGGAUGCGACGA